GAUGAAUGUUUCCUGAGCAGCAAGAGUUUCAGCUCCGGAUCUCUCUUUCAUUUCAGAGAGGACAGCCACUCACAGAAGGAUCAGUGAGAGUUAAUCUGAGAAAAUAAAAGUCUUGGAAAUGGAGAGGAAGAUUUCUACCUUGAAUCUGCUGUGUAUGGUGUUCUCUGCUGUCGGUGCUCUCAAUGUGAACAUCCCUCAGGAUCUCUAUGAAUUUGCCAGGGGUGACAACAUCACACUGCCCUGCACCUUUCAAACCAAGUCAGCCAACCCCAGCUUAGUCAUCAUCUCAUGGUCUGCUGAAGCUGAAAAUACAAAGCCUGAAGAGACGCUGAUCCUCACUUAUUAUUCUACUGGUGAACUUGACAUCAACUCGCUGUAUGAAACUCGGGUGUCCCUGGAUGUAGACAUUGCCAAGGGAAAAGCUGACCUGAAACUGUCCUCCAUUGCACUAGCAGACAACAAAGUCUUUGAGUGUCGUGUACAGAUCCCAGGUGACGAUGAGGGCAAGCUGGCCGACAUGGCGCGUUUGGUGGUUUUAGUUGCUCCAUCUCCUCCCAUUUGUAAGAUCCAGGGAAAGGCAGAGUACGGCCAGAACAUCAGUCUGACGUGUGUCUCUGAGGAAGGUUUGCCACCACCCACUUAUAAGUGGCAAAUUUGGGGUGUCGGGAACAUCUCUUAUGUUACAGAUCCCGGAACAACUGACGUGGGAGGCGUCCUGUCUCUGUACAACAUCUCCGAAGAUGCAUCAGGAUCCUACAUCUGCACAUCAAGUAACAAGAUCUCCUCUGCUACCUGCAACAUCACCUUCUCAGUCGUGCUACCUUCCAAAAAUAAGUCCGGUCUCCUGCAUGGCUCCACUGUAGAAAUCACUGGUCUCCUUGUCACCGCGUUAAUCACACUCUUCUUCGUUACUGUGAAGACUAUGUGACUGUGACCGCUGCGGACAUUACAUUGAUCGCUGACCAUCAUGAACAUGGGUGCCACUAUAAUGACGAGCGAUGCUGUGAUGACCUCUAUGACAAGCCCUAUGAUGAUCAAGAAUGUGACGCACCUCCUGUGCCAGAUGAUGGAUGGGUGAUGGAUAGAUAGAUAGAUAGAUAGAUAGAUAGAUAGAUAGAUAGAUAGAUACUUUAUUGAUCACGAGGGAAAUUCAAGUCACGAAGGAGGAGCUAAAAUGACAUAUUUGACUCAAACACCACAACAAAAUUAGCAUUAAGAUGAAGUAUAAUCUUUCAUUUUCUGUCUAAUGGGUAGAACAAUUUUGAUAGUAAUGUUUUUAUGAGAGAAUUAAUCGGAGAGAAAAGCCCAUCUGAACAGUCACAGAUUGUCUGAUUCAGGUAUAAACAUUUCUCAGGGAACGAUCUGCACCUUUGCUGUGUACUAUAACAUGUUACACAAACAUUUUACAGAUCACUGCUGACAUUGUUGCAUAAGAAUUGAAAGCCUUAUGCCUGUCAGUGUGUGUGUGAUUCCUCUGCUUACAUAGGCCUUGAACCAACUUUCACAUCCUUUCUAUUGAGUGCUUCAGUUUCUGUAUAAAUCAUGAACACUAGAUGGCAAACAUGACAAACAAUUCAGUUCUCAUGAUCACGACAGGCCUAUUGACUCUCCAUGUAGAAGAAAAAUAAAAAUAGAUUAUUAGUUUUGUUAUUAGGUCAUAGUAGCAGCAGCCUAUUGAUCGUUAUUAACACUUGGGGGAUUCAUUCACGCCUGAAACUUUGAAUUAUUUUGUCCUUACGAUGUUUCAGACUUCACACUCCCACUUCCCUCCAUCACCGCUACCAUCCAUUGUCUUUGGACAGUGUGUAGUUACACAACAGGGCAAGUAGACCCGGAUAUGAGUUCAUGUGCACUUCAAAAUAAAAUGGUAGCGAAGAUUUUAAAAAGUCAACAGCACAGCAAAAGUGGGUAAGUCUGUAUACAUUCAGACUGUGAAAUAACUUCACUUGUAUUAUUUCAAGAUUUGUAAAACAUACAAGCUAUCAGAACAGGAGUAGCCUACCUACAGUACAUAGUUCAAUGAAAGGUCAUGUGCUCAACUUCUAUUUCUCUGUGGAUUGCACCACAGGCACAUUACUCUGGCCAGUACAAUAAAUAUGUACCGAAGAAAAUAA